AUGAGAAUACUUCAUUCUAAACAUCAGAAACUAAUAUUACAAUGCUAUCCAGCAGGUAAAACAGUGGACAAAAAGCCAAAUCCUUCAGAAUUAAGUUACUUAUUGUACUAUGCGCUGACAAGAAGAGUUAAGUUGGAAAAAGUAAUAUCAUUCUUAGAUAGGAAGACCUAUUCAGAUGUGGCACGAAGCAGAGCUGGCAAUUUGCAAGUGACACUCAAGAUAGUUGAGUCAUUGAUUGAACGAUGCUCGGAAAACUUGAAUGUAUUUGCUUCGCAUGUUUGCUCCAUCUUGCAAUCUAUCUUGAAGACAGGAGAUUUAUCCCUUUGCAAGAGUGUUCUAAGGACUUAUGGAACCUUUUGUUCGAAAUUAGAUUCAGGUUUAUUUUCUGGUGACAAAACAUUUGUCGAUGUGUUCUCAAAUUUGACCUAUAGCUUGAUAGAGAUUGGAGACUCCAACCUGAGGCUGGAAAAGUUGAAUCUGUUGGAAUGGAAAAUGAUUUCAAUAAUGACUUGCAGGUAUUUAUCCAGCUGCCUAGGCUACAGCACUACUUUUGGAAAGAAGUUCAUUAAGAUUGCUAGCUCUCUAUUAAUUGACACAGUGAUUACUAGUACAAGUGUAACAGGGCUAUUGUCGAGAUUGACAAAUAAUGUAAAUGUGGAGUCAGAUCCUCAUCGUCUUUUCAAAAUCGUGCUGACAAAAACGAAUGUAGUAACAAAGCAGAUGGAUGAUGAAUUUUAUAAUGACUCGGUAUCUUCCCUUGACAUAACCGAAGAGGCUUUCAGAUCUUUAAAGGCGCUUUUCAAUACUACAUUAACAAGCCAAAUUUCUGAGGCAAUCAGGGCUGUACUAAAGAAUAACUUUGACAAAAGCAUUAGUCGUGAUUGGGGUUGCACAUUUUUGGAAAUGUGUACGAGCUGGAUACCAGUUCAAUUGAGAUUUGUUGCUCUUUCAACGUUGCUUAGCACGUUGCUUGAAAUUACAGAGCAAGUUACACCUAAAGCAUCAGAUUAUGAGAUUCAAAAUCUAUAUGCUGAUUAUGUCUUAGGCUUAGUUUCUUCAGAGGUCAAUAUGAUAGGAUUAUCGAUAUCUGAUAUUAUUCAACAGCUUUUGAAAUUACAAUCUGGAUUAUUUUUGAAGCAAUCAGAUAUCCUUACAGAAGAUCAAAUUGAUAAUCUUUCAACAUUGUAUUCCCAAUGUAUCUCCAAUCUUUCGACGCAUAUAUAUUAUUUUGAUCAAGUACCUGAUUCCAUUCAAGAGAUUUUACUAAAAAUUAACUCCGUUUUAGACUAUUCUAUUGUGAUGAAUGAUAAAGGAGAGGGCAACUAUAAGUUGGUUUUAACCCUCUUAGACAAUAUUUCAAGAAUAUUCAAUGCUUUAAAGAAAAAACCGAGUUUAAUUACAAGGAAUCGUGUUAAUUUAGAACAUUGGGAAAUGAGCCUUGAAAUUUUGUCACAGGAUUUAAGCGAUGACUCUCACGUACUUUCAUUAUCAAGACAACAAAUUGACGAUAUUCAAAUUAAAUUCUUAAAUGUAUUUAUUCAAUUCUUGAAUGAUGAAAUGUUAAAUAAUGAAGAAGGGUUAGAAUCUGAUGAUCUUAGCUCUAGCGAUCUAAAGCCUACUUCAGAAAAAUAUUGUGAGGCUGAUUACAAUCAGUAUAUUUCGGAUAACGACAAUUUUAUUACUCACUUUUUGACUUCAAUGGAACAUUAUAUGAAUUCCCGUGAAGUUUUAAACAUAGAAACGGUUUCAUUGCUAGUUAAAGCACUGAAGCAUUUGAUUGCAAUCUUAGGAAUUAAUUUUACUGCCAACUUUAUUCCUUUCUUUUACCAUUGGUUAUUACCUUUAAACCAAAACUCUUAUCCUCUUAACCAGAGAGUAAAAGACACAGUUUCGCAUAUUAUUUUUUACCAUGCUUUAAAAGACUUGGAUCAUAAAUAUCCUACUGAAAUGAAGAAUUAUACCACCGAAUCUCUAUUUUAUGCCGAUCUUUUGGUUGAUAUUGAAUACCGGAAAUUUAACAAGCUAUGGGUCGAUGGGCUCGACACAGAACCUUCGGAUCAAGAAAUCAUAGAAAAUCGUAACCCUCUGGGACAUCUUGAAAAUGGAACGAUUCGGUUUAAUUCAACUAAGCAGAAUUUGCAAGAAUUCAUCUCCGGCAAUUCUUUCAUUUCAGACUGGCUAGACCCACAUAGACCUUUACUUCUAGGCUUCCAUUAUGACAAAAUUGGUACUUACAAAACAAAUGAAAAUGGAGUUGAAGUAGAAUCUAACAAUAGUGACGAAAUAGAUGUUAAUGAAACCUCGAGAAAUUAUCUGCAUUAUAGCCACCAGCCCUUAAAUGGCUUUGGUUUAGGAACAGCAGGUGAUAUUUCAUCGAUACAUUCCGAAAUUUUAGUAAACGGCCAAUCGAAUGGACAGAAUGGUCAAUCUAAUGGGGCAAGUCAUAGUUUUGAUAGGUAUUACAGCUUACCUAAAGUGUCAGAAUUAAAAGAUAUCGUGCUGAAAUUAAAAUACUCAAACGGUGACGCUAAUAAUAAUGUGAACCAUGAAUCCGUUUUAAGAAAGCAGUUGGUUACCGAUGACGUAAAUGAGAUAUUAAGCCAGCUUGAUUGUGAUUCUGAUGGUGAUUAG